AGAAGAAUAGAGGCUAAUAGAAUCCAUAGUCAGUCUAUCAUAUAUCUGUGGUCAGUAUAUAAGGUAGAAUCACACGUAGCCAUAGCUUGUCGCCUACUGAACUGAUCGAUGAUCGAUGUAAACAGAUAACAGUAAAGAGAAAGAGAGUCUUUGAUAGAAGCGUUGCUGCUGUCCGCCGGCUGAUCGGAGGAGCUCGGCUCGGCUCGGCUCGGCUCGGCUCGGCUCUGCUCGGAGACAACACACACGGCCGCUGUGACGUAUCCUUAGAGAGAGUCAGACGCGGGGAAAUUCAACCGGAGGAUCAGAUCAGAACCGAGUCCGUCUGUUCGGCGUCAUGGUUCAGGAGUUUCACGUCGUCAGGUGUUUCAGCUGUCAGAGCUUCCAGGUUCACCAGGUGAAGAAAGUGAACAGGUGGAGCUGUAAACUGUGCGGAGAGAAACAGUCGCUGAAGAAGGAGUUUGGGCGGGGCUCCGGGGCCGACUGCAGACGUCAUGUCCAGAAACUCAACGCCAUGAGAGGAGCCGUGAUGGAGAAGCUGGAGCACCACACCUGGUCGCUAUGGAAACAGGAAGUUGAAGAAGAAGAAGAAGAAGAAGAACACGAGCAGGAGAGUCCCGGGAGCCGCUGGAGUAAAUACCUGCCCCCCCCUGAGGAGGCGGAGCCAGAGGACGAGGAGAACGUUUUGAUGGACAGGCAGCAUCUCCAUGGCAACAACCCAGCUGACAGGCAGCAUCUCCAUAGCAACAACCCAGCUGACAGGCAGCAUCUCCAUAGCAACAACCCAGCUGACAGGAAGAGGAAGAGAAGAGAGAGACAGACAGACGGAGGACGGAGCAGCUACACACCUGAACAGUUAAACUGGUCUGGGACAACCUCAGCCAAGACCACCAGUUCUCCCAGUACCAGUCUGAACCAGCACAGUCCCAGCCUAAAGCAGCCCUGUCCCAGUCUAAACCGGCACAGCCUAAACCAGCCCAGUCUGAACCAGCACAGUCCCAGUCUGAACCGGCCCAGUCUGAACCAGCACAGUCCCAGUCUGAACCAGCACAGUCCCAGUCUGAACCAGCCCAGUCUGAACCAGCACAGUCCCAGUCUGAACCGGCCCAGUCUGAACCAGCACAGUCCCAGUCUGAACCGGCCCAGUCUGAACCAGCACAGUCUGAACCAGCACAGUCCCAGCUUAAAGCAGCCCAGUCUGAACCAGCACAGUCCCAGUCUGAACCAGCCCAGUCUGAACCAGCACAGUCCCAGUCUGAACCGGCCCAGUCUGAACCGGCCCAGUCUGAACCGGCCCAGUCUGAACAUGCCCAGUCCUCCCAGUAUGAGUUCUGGACCAGCCUGCAGGUGGUCUUGUUUCCUCAGUAGUUCUGAGAGUCAGACGGAGGGGGCGGAGCCUCUGGUCAGUGGGAGGAGUCAGACAGUGGGCGGAGCUGCUUCGCUGCCCUGUAAUGAUGUCAUCACCCAGGCCCGGCCCCGCCCCCUACUUCCUGUUUCCUCCAUGUUUGACAGCGGCGAGGAUUUCAGCUUCGACGACUUUGAGAUAAACUGAAUCAGUGAUUGUUCAUUUUUUUGUCAAUCAGUUAACCAACCAACCGUUACCGUUCUAUCACAUCAAAAUAAAAUAUAUAUUGUACAUGUUUGUUGACACAAAAACACAUACUGUAUUUGUACUGUACUGUGUAGUUUGUAUUCCUAUUGUUAUUUCAAAAAUAAAACACAUUGUAUAUAUUUGUGCUCUACGCUUUCAAAAUAAAAU